AUGUCCUCCAUGAACAACUCAAUCACCCCAGCAUUCACCAUUGCCUCUGCCAGCUCCAAACCCAACGGCAAUGCCAACUUACAAACCUCCCCCUUCCAAAGCUCAACUCACCCUGUCUUCAUAUCUCAUUUAGUGAAGGUUGCAGCUGGCCAGCUCCACGGUCAAGAAGAGCCUGCUGUUGUUGCCUCAGCCCUCAAAGCCGCUUUCAAUCCCGCAGCACUCACUCUGGAAGACAUUCAAGCCUUUGUUCAAAAGGCUAUCAACCGCGAAGAGUUGCGAAAGUACAAAAUAAAUUCUCCCCCCACAAACUGA